UAUCACGUUAUUUCGAAUUAUGAAAUGAUCAUGUUAUUUUGUGAUAAACAUUUAUCACGUUGUUUCAUGAUAUUUUAACGUUAUAACGUGAAAACAUCAAUAUGGUUUUAUUUUGAUACACGGCCAAGCCAGCGCGCUUCCAUUUUACUUCACGUCGCCUCCAGCAGCGUUUGCUUGAGGAUGGCUGAAAAUGUGGAUUCUCCACUCUCGAGAUAUCUUCGAGGUCGGGGUGUUCCAGAGGACUGUCUCCUUCGAAUGGAGCAAGAUCAUAUUGAUGCCACAGUCCUUGAUUAUAUAUGGAUGACAACACUCUGGCUGACUACAUCCCAAAUUAUGGAGACAGGAUUGCGGCAAGACGCUUCUGUUUGCAACACAGUGCCACUGCCAAAACAAAAGAAUCUGCAAAACAUUCAAUGCUGGAAAAACUGAAGAAAAAAAUGGGCAUUACUGUGAGUGAUGAUGAGAACAAUAACCAGGAGACAUCUACCAAAAGACAGAAAAGACAUUAUGCAAAAUGCAACAAAUUUGCAGAAAAAAAGACAAGAAAAGUGGAGUUGGGAUGGAUUCACGAAGGCAAGCAAGUCAGAAAACGCAAAGGAGGGGGGACAAGGACCCUUGAUGUACCCAAAGAAUCAAAGAAGGCAGAUAUACUGCAGUAUGCCAAGGAUAUUUUCUUCCCAAAUGGAAAAAAUAAGCUAGGAAAUUUUGACACAUUUAGCUAUGACAUAGUAGAUUAUCAGGAAGAAGCUAUUUUUGAUGAUGCUAUUACAGUUGGGGAACUCUACAGCGUACUAAGAAUGGGAGUGUUGAGAUUCUACCUGUGCACAAAGGUUCCAAAAGAUGAGGAUGCUGAAGAAAGUGUCGCGGAAGAAUCAACAAUUAACCAACAAAUACAGAAUAGCAUGCAUGAAGAGGACGAGCAGCCUCUUCAAACUGUCGAUACAGAACCAUUUCUAGACACAUCUGUGGUGAUGAUUGGCCCUUUUCUCGGAGAACCCACGGCUGGCCAACUGGAUGACACGUUGUUAUAUCAACCUGACCUGCAGGUCAAUGAGGACACUGCCAUCAUAUCAGUCCUAUUCCCUAGUGCAAGCUCAGCACUCAUCAUUCCAGACACAGCAAGUGACAACUCAUCCAACAUGUCUCACUCCACAAGUGCAGCAAACAUUGCUCCAGAGUCAGCAGCUAUAGAUGAUGUAGCAGGUACCUCUACAAAUUCAUCUGUGAAUAUAACAAUUAAACUACACAGGGUCAAUCUUCUGGAAGAGAUGAUAGCCCAAUUCAAGGAUUCAGCACUUCUCAAGCACUCCCUUCGAUACACUUUCAUUGAUGAAAGAGGAGCUGACCACAAUGGUGUUUCAAGGGAUGUGUAUGCUGCAUUUUGGACACAACUUCUGGAUCACACAGCUGAAGGGGAGGACCUGAGAGUUCCAUCUCUGUGUCCUAAAUGGCAAGAGAAAGAAUGGAAAUCCAUUGGCCGAAUCCUCCUCAAAGGAUUUCAAGACCAUGGCUAUUUUCCCUGUCGCUUAUCCCCCGCUUUCGCAGUUUCACUCAUUUUUGGUGAGAAUGAGGUCUCAGAUGAUGUGCUUUUUGAAAGUCUUCUUCAGUUUGUUAGUCAAUCAGAUAGGAAGUUAAUCACUACUGCCUUAAAAGAAGAUCUUUCAGAGGACGACCAGGAUGAGCUGAUUGAUCUGCUGGACCGCUUGGAUGUGACAGCCCUUCCAACACGAAACAAUUUGAAAGGCAUCCUUCUAAAGGUAGCACACAAACAGCUGAUCCAAAAGCCAAGAUAUGCAUGCGAGAAGAUGUCGUUAAUUGCUGGUGCCUCCCUGAAAGAAGCUUUCGUGAACACACAACAUGUUCUGCUUAUGUACGAAGACAAAAAGCCAACAACCAAAAAGCUUUUGAAAUUACUAGAAGCUUCUCCUUCCACUCAAGCAGAAAACCAGAGUUUUCGUUUCCUGAAACAGUACAUCAGGGGAUUUGAUGAUGUUGGUCUGAGAAGGAUGCUAAGGUUCAUGACAGGGUCUGAUGUUGUCUUCGUUGACAAGAUUGACAUCAUGUUUACAUCUGCUGAUGGACUUGCACGCCGGCCUGUAGCACACACCUGUGGCCCAGUUCUGGAACUGCCAUGGACAUAUGCCUCCUAUCCUGAACUACGCACUGAAUUUGACGGCAUACUGAUCAAUAAUACCUCGUAUGAAUUUAGCAUUAUGUAAGUUUACUAUGAUAUAGUUAUCUCAACCGAUAGUAGCAGAAGCAGGAGGUAUUCGGGUAUGUAUGUUUGAACAUCUGAACAGAAAUGGUUUAAAAGUUAACAGUUCUAUCAGCAUUUACUGUAUUAUUUUUUUACUGUAUAUAGUUUUUUAAACUCUGUAACUCGUUUUACCUGUUAUAGUGAUGCCAGUUAUAAAGUGUCUUAUCGGCUUGAGAGCUGUUGUUGAACACAUUUUUAGACACUGGUGCAGAGCAUUUUAUAAUCUGUCAAAUGUAAACAAAGCAAGCCUGUUGUCUUAUGUUCAUGAGUUUGAAAGUACAGUUGGCUCAAGACGUUAACUGAAUUCUUAACUGUUGAUAGGUUCCACAGAGCACAAUGUGCCUAAGUCCUGUUAUGUCUUCACAUAGUGAUUGUCUUCACCUGACAACUUGUAUGUAAUAUGUAAUGCAUUUUGAGCUCAGAUGGGAGAGCAUUGUGGCACUAUAAUGGUUCAUCUACUGUAUGUUACUACAAAAGUAAAUUGGACUGACUUAUA